GGGCUCUCCGGCUGCCUCAAGCCCGUCUGGACCAUGAUCGGCAAAGCCUAUGCCGCCGAGCACAAGCACCCGCAGGAGGACCCCUGGGAGGUGCCCUUCGAGGAGAUCCUGGACCUGCAGUGGGUGGGCAGCGGGGCGCAGGGCGCCGUCUUCCUGGGCCGCUUCCACGGUGAGGAGGUGGCCGUGAAGAAGGUGCGGGACCUCAAGGAGACUGACAUCAAGCACCUGCGCAAGCUCAAGCACCCCAACAUCAUCACCUUCAAAGGCGUGUGCACCCAGGCACCCUGCUACUGCAUCAUCAUGGAGUUCUGCGCCCAGGGCCAGCUCUACGAGGUGCUGCGCGCCGGGCGCAAGGUCACCCCCUCGCUCCUCGUCGACUGGUCCAUGGGCAUUGCCGGCGGCAUGAACUACCUGCACCUCCACAAGAUCAUCCACCGCGACCUCAAGUCACCCAACAUGCUCAUCACUUACGACGACGUGGUGAAGAUCUCAGACUUCGGCACCUCCAAGGAGCUCAUCGACAAGAGCACCAAGAUGUCCUUUGCAGGCACCGUGGCCUGGAUGGCACCCGAGGUCAUCCGCAAUGAGCCUGUCUCCGAGAAGGUCGACAUCUGGUCCUUCGGAGUGGUGCUGUGGGAGCUGCUUACGGGUGAGAUCCCCUACAAGGACGUGGACUCAUCAGCCAUCAUCUGGGGGGUGGGCAGCAACAGCCUGCACCUACCCGUGCCCUCCGGCUGCCCUGAUGGCUUCAAGGUGCUGCUGCGCCAGUGCUGGGAGGACCCCUUGCCCUGGGAGAUGUGCCCAUCAGGACUCUACGGGGACAUUGGGGCAAUGGGGGUACCUGGGCAUGGGGAGGGCUUUUGGGUGCCCCACCGUGUGUGCCACCCCCAUGCCCUGCAUGCUGUACUGUCCCCAUGCCGUGCCACCUCCGUGCCAUUCCCGCACCCCCGUCCCCGAGCCCACGGGAGUGUCAUGCCGACGCCGCGGUGCCCGUGCGGUGCCAGGCACGCGCUGGACAUCCGAGAGCACUACGAGCGCAAGCUGGAGCGGGCCAACAACCUCUACAUGGAGCUCAGUGCCCUCAUGCUGCAGCUGGAGCUCAAGGAGAAGGAGCUGCUCAGGCGGGAGCAGGCACUGGAGAAGCGCUACCCCGGGCUCUUCAAGCCACGGGCACCGCGGGGGCUCCUACACGGCAACGCCGUCGAGACCCUCAUCAAGAAGCGCAACGUGCCCCAGAAGCUCUCGCCCCAUGGCAAGCGGUGGCCCCCAGCCAUGAGCAAGCGGCAGUCGCUGUCGACCUUCAGCUCGGAGAACUUCUCGGACGGGGACGGGGACGGGGACGGGGACCACACGAGCGAGCCCUCGCACAGCGCCACCCCGGACGUCUCCGAGGACUCAGACUGCGACAGUGCGGAGCUGGACCACUCGGGCAGCGGCGAAGGGGCGGAAACUUCAUGA